AAUUUUCAACGGAGUAGUAACAAGCACCAUAAAAGAAGCUGGAACCAAUUGAAUGGUCAUUAGAAGCAUCGACAAUAUGAAUGGAAAUGCCGACAGCAGCAGUGCAGCGAUGAAAUCGCUUCCGAAUGAGCUGGGAAAUUUGCAAACCCAAUCCAUUUAUUAAGAGAUUGUUGAAACGAAUCGACGUCGAGGGGUUGUUUUUGUGUUUUUAAGUGUUUGACGUUGUAGUGGUAUUCGGUGGAAUCCGGUCUCAAAAUGACCGAUAUCAACCGCAAUGGGCCUUCUUAUCUGAAGCACAACGGAAAAAUCGAGUCCAACUCGAGUGCUUCCAGCACCCUCAAGCGUAACAAUAGCUAUCAUCAGCGAUUGAAAAAGUCGUUCAGCGAGUGCGAAUCUCCUCCUAUCGUUGGCGUUGGGAACAACAAUGGUCAACAAUCAACUUCUGCUGUGGGUCGGAACGGCGGAUCCGGAUCCGGAAAGUGGAGCAAUUUGCCCCUGCAGGGCAAAUCGGCGACGACGGCCGGAAGUGGCGUCAAAUCGGACACCACCACUGCGGCAACCGAUGAGUUUAAACGCUUUCACACGCUUCGCAACAGCUACGGUGGGAAAUCCAAUUUAAAUGUAAAUAGCAGCAACGAGCAGUCCUCGAUAAAAACGCAAGUUCUGCUCCAUCAGCAGAAACUGAAAGAGUACAGCAACAAACAGGCAUCGGAGCUGAACAAUGAUAGCUACUCGACCUGUUCCUCGUCUCAAUCUGACUAUCAGCAUCCGCUGCAUUCGCACAAACACCAUCACCAUCAACAUCAUCGAUAUCAGCAUCAGCAUCAACAACCCAAGCUGGCAGCAGCAUCCCAAUCUCAAGCUCAACCUCAGUACCAAUUUCAGCAAUAUCCGAUGUCGGCAACGGUGGCGGCCACAGCUACCCUAACACGUCCUGGCUCCUCGAUACUGAAAUCCACCAACAGCUCCACGGCGGCGGCGGCAAAAGAAAAUGGAGGAGGAGCAGGUUCCGGUUCCGCCAAGAAUUCACUGAGGCGUGGUGCCGGAGGAUUAAGUACUCUGUCGCUUUGCAGCUGUGAUGCCGAAACGGAGAUAAUACCGAAUCCAUUAAGGCCAUUAUACCAGUACAGCUUGGAUCGGAAGAACCCGAGGCAGCACACGUACACGUGCGAACAGAACGCACAAAUACUGCUGCGGCUCGAGAAGGACCGGCAGCGGAAGUACGGAUCGUCCGGAAAGUUGAACUUCACGGCAUCCACCAACGAUCUGACGGUGCUGCAGCAGCAAAAGCAGACCGCGUUUGGAACGACGUCGACGGUUUCUGCCCUGACUGGUCCCACCACAAUGACAACGACUUCCGCAACGACUGGCGGAACGACGACGACGACGAUGCCAGCAGCGGUUGCAGCGGAUUCUCGUCCCGGAAGUUGCAAUAACGAGAGUGGCUCGUUCGACUAUCACAGCGUGUAUCCGGAAAACAACUACAUCGAGGACGAUUCACUGUUGGAUGACAUCCCACCACCCCCACCUCCAGUUCACCGGAGGCCCUCGUACGGCUACAGCUGCAUCUCGCAACCGGCUAAUGAAUCUGUCGGCCUGGUCGGUCUUCACUCGGACGGGUUGGCCAACGAUCUGACCUCGACGAUGACCGGCGGCGGUGGCGUUAGCAACAACAAUGGCAUCAUUAAUAACUAUCCCUCGAAUCAACCGGACUUGUUUAAUUUCGCAUCAGCUACCGGCGGCUGUGGGCCGAACAAUAAUGGCGUAGGUGGGCAAACGGCCAACGGAUUUGGGACAACGCUUAAGUCGACACUGAAAAAUAAAUCAACGACCAGAACGUUGACCAAUGCUGAUGCUGUCAUGGUGGCAAACUCCGGUAUCGGGACAAACACCGUCGAUGGCAGCAAAGCAAAAUCCAAACUAAAGAAGAGUGGAUCGAACUUUGACAUAAUGAAUAAUGGGCCAGCUUUUUCCGACGAGGGCGGGGGCGUCAAUGGGUCAAUUCCUGCAAAGCAAUUUCCACCAUACUACUUCGAUGAUAACUAUCUUAAUCACGGCCUACAUCAGCACUUCUACUAUCAGAAUCCGGUAGAUGGAAGCUUCCCAGUCAGAGGUGUGAAGAGCGAUGCUGAAGGUCAAUUGUACCUUUAUCAUCACGAGCCGGCCUCGUACAUCCCGAACUAUGACAUUCUGAACCUUCCCUCGAAGUACAGCACAAUCGGUCCGGGACACCCCAUUGACACGACGGGAAUCGGAGGUCUGACCGGAAGCAUCGACUAUGGCAACAAAUAUCAUCACGCCAGCUCAUGCAAUCUAAAUCAGUACAGCGGCUCGGGCGGCAAGAGUAAUCUCAUUAGCAGUCAUCAGCACCACUUUUCGAACUCGAUCAGCAACUUCAACUUUAAUCCAUCACAAUAUUUCGGAACCGGCGGGAUAGACCAUCAAACGGGGGCAACCAUUCUGGGAGGCCCCGGGGGUGGAUUACUGGGGGCUGAUGGGUUUACUUCGACCAUCAGUUUGAAUGGGACGCCCAACAAACAGCAGCAGCAGCAUCCGUGGAAACAUCGGCAGUGCCCUAGCCGGGGAUCCAGCAGCACCGGGUCCGGAUCGUCCAAAUGGGACCUUCCCUCACGGCAGUGGCUUGCGGUAACUUCGAUUCUGCUGAUUGCCGGGGCUGCCGGAGUGGCCGUCCCGUUUGCCCUCAAAGUUUCCGCCGGGGCGCCGCUCGAGGAACGACUACAGGUGGCCACCCAGCUGCUCGAUACAGUGCCUUUAAUCGACGGCCACAACGAUUUGCCGUGGAACAUUCGAAAGUUUCUACAUAAUCAACUCAACGAGUUUCGGUUUGAGGACGACUUGAAGCAGAUAUCACCCUGGUCCAAGAGCGCCUGGAGUCAAACCGAUCUUCAGAGACUGAAACGUGGCCGGAUAUCUGCACAGUUCUGGGCCGCCUACGUGCCCUGCGAGGCGCAACACAAGGACGCGGUGCAAAUAACGCUGGAACAGAUCGAUGUUAUCAGAAGACUGACGGACCGCUACUCGCCACAUCUGACAGCUUGCACAUCCGUUUUCGACAUCAUCCAAGCGCACAAAAACCAUCAGAUGUGUUCACUAAUUGGUGUCGAGGGUGGCCACUCGCUUGGCGGAUCGCUCGGAGUCCUGCGGAUCUACUACGCGCUGGGUGUCCGCUACAUGACGCUGACAACCACCUGCCACACGCCCUGGGCUGAUUCGAGCAACGCGGACGCCCCCAAGUACGACGUCAAGCACGGCGGGCUGACAGCAUAUGGCAAGACCAUCAUCCGUGAAAUGAAUCGGCUCGGGAUGGUUGUUGAUCUGUCGAAGGCAUCUGUUGCGACGAUGAAGGAUGCCCUAGCCACAUCGCAGGCUCCGGUCAUUUUUUCGCACUCCUCCGCCUACGCCCUGUGCAACUCGAGCCGGAACGUCCAGGACGAGGUGCUGGAGCUGGUGGCCAAAAAUCGGGGCCUGGUCAUGGUCAACUUCUACAACAUGUUUCUCAAGUGCAGUGAAAACGCCUCGGUUAUGGAUGCUGUCGCUCACAUUAAUCAUAUAAGACAGAUCGCCGGAAUCGAACACGUGGGACUCGGAGCCGGAUACGAUGGCAUCAACUUAACCCCCGAGGGUCUGGAGGAUGUCUCCGGUUAUCCGCGGUUGUUUGCCGAGCUACUGGCCGAGGGAUGGACCGGCGAAGAGCUGGAAAAGUUGGCCGGCCGCAAUCUGCUCCGGGUCCUGGAGGAGGUCGAGAAAGUGCGCGAAAAUCAGCGGCUAUCCGGGGUGCGGCCCUACGAGGACAUUCCGGUGGCCGUGCGGCCCGAAGAGCACUUCAAUUGCACCACCAACAGUUAAUGAACCGUCGCAGUAGUGGCCGCCACCAGGAACAACUUUCCAUAAGUUAAGGGAAGACCUACACUGACUUCCGUUUCGAGACAAAAAAAAACCAAGAGCACAACAACUGCGACUGAAAGCAGCAAUCUCGCAACACCGAGGACACGAAUCACAAAAAAUCUUCCGCCGGGAUAGAAACAUCGUGACCGAAAUCUUGUUGGAAUUUCUGGUCGCCAACAGCAGGGGAUUUUGGCACGACAGCUAAUUACUCUUCCCCCAACACCCACGCAUAUUCCUGCAGCCGUAGGGUCGUACCGAUUGUAGGUUUUUUAGAAAAGUAUUUAUAUUUUACGACAAACAAGCAAGUAUCUCCAUGAGAAAUGCCUUUAUAUCGUAUAAUAGUAUAUUUAAUGUUGGUUCCGAUAGCGGAAAAAG